AUGCCUGUGGCAAUGAACACGGAGCGUAUCAAGGCCGAAGCGAAUCAUGCCACCAAUGGCUCGGGAGUUGCUGUCAAUAAUUGGUCGACGCCCGGGCAAUCAGCAUUCGAUUUCCGUAGCGAUACCAUCACAACACCCACAACCCGUAUGCUCGAGGCAAUCUCAGCGACGACUCUUCUCGACGAUGUAAUGCAGGAAGAUCCGACCACCACGAACCUGGAGUCAUUCCUUGCUGAGCUCACGGGAAAGGAGGCUGGUCUUCUGGUCAUGAGCGGCACCAUGGGCAACCAGGUCGCUAUCCGUUCCCACCUUCAAGGGCCCCCACAUAGCAUUGUUGCAGAUGGCAAAAGCCACAUUUUUGACUGGGAAGCCGGCGGAGUAGCAUCCCUCUGCGGCGCCAUGGUGAAACCCGCGACAGCAAGCAACGGCAAAUACAUAACACUCGAAGACGUAAAGAAAGUCGCCGAUCUGAGAGACGACAUUCAUGGCUGCCCGACCAAACUCAUAAGUCUGGAGAACACUAUCGCUGGAGUGAUUGUACCCCUCGCAGAAUGCCAGAGAAUCUCAGCUUGGGCACGGGAGAGGGGCUUAAUCAUGCAUCUGGAUGGAGCACGGAUAUGGGAGGCCGUAGCAGCCGGUUCUGGGUCGCUCAAAGACUACUGUGCGUGCUUUGAUAGCAUCUCUCUUUGCUUUUCCAAGGGCUUGGGAGCUCCCAUUGGAAGUGUGAUAGUCGGCACGCAAGCCUUCCGUGAGAAGUCGCGCUGGGUGAGGAAGUCCAUUGGGGGAGGGAUCCGUAUGGCGGGCGUCAUAACUUCUGCUGCGCGGGUCGCCGUGGAGGAUACCUUCCUGGGAGGCAAGCUAGUUGCUUGUCAUGAACGUGCCAAGCAGAUUGCGGAGCUUUGGCAAGGCUAUGGAGGCAAGCUGACCAAUGCAACCGAGACAAACAUGGUUUGGUUCGAUCUUGAAGCUGCGAAUGUCAGUGUGGAGAAGUUCAUCGAGCUUGGGCAGAAGGCUGGUGUGAGGGUAUGGGGUGGAAGGUUGGUUGUGCACUAUCAAAUCGGAGAUGAGGCGGUGCGAAGAUUGGAGCUCUUGAUGCAGGCUGUUUUCCAAGGCAAGGAGCUGAACGGGACCGUGGAACACGAUCCCAAGGAACUGAGAGCCGCUACUACGCUCUAUGGUUAG